UCUCAAAUUUUGUCAGUGUUACUUCCUCUUUCAGGUGAAAAAAACUUGUUCCUCCACGUGUGGCUAAUUCAAAGAUUCAUAUACAUAUUGAUAUUAUUUGUUUAAAAUGGAGCAACACAAUGAUAAUUCUGAUAAAACAACAUUCAAAGUAGAGUUUCUAGGUGAAUAUCAUGAUGUAGUCAUUGAUUGGAAUGAUGAUAAAUAUGAAUACAAAGGGAGACAAUUAUUCGAACAGCUUGAAUCAAUUACUGGAGUACCGCGUAAAUUCAACCUCGGAAUUCUUCUGCAUAAUUUCCAGGUGGAAGAUGAGACUCCACAUUAUUAUAACAUUUACAGCUUUGUAGAUGCCAAUAUUUCCCCUAAUAAGGAGAUGAUUUGUGAUUCAAUUAGAAAUGCUGAAGGACGUUUUCAUCUCGCUUAUAAUGCUGUUCAUCCACAUAUUAGUUAUUUUCUAGUAGCUGAAAGUUCGGUGCCAGAAGGGGAAUGCAGUUUUUAUUUCUGUCGAUAUAAAAAUACUAAAAGUUUCUUUAACAAGGUGAAGGAUAUCAUCACUAACGAUGAAUUGAACGCAAAAAUUGCGUCUGCUUUCCAAUCAAGAGAUAGUAAUUUUGAUGAGAUUCUCAGACAAUUCGAUGUUCUAAAAUAUUUCCGUUCUAUGUGUGAUGAUCUUUAUACGAGAAGAUUUGUAAACGAAGAACUAAGACGUAUUUAUUGUCAAAGAAACCUUUAUUUGAGAACACGCGGCUGAUUGGACCAACAAGAAGAGUCUUUUCAAUAACUUAAAUAAAUGAAUAAAUAAAAUGAUGAAAUUUGAGAUAAAAUUAUUAUUUAUUACUUUAUAUUAAUGCAUUCAGUUUCAUAGAAAUUAGUUUUCUUUUAGUUCUAUUUGAAAAGAGCGCUUUUGCUUAGGUCGAAACUAGUUUUACCUCAAUAACA